AUGAAGUUGGAAGUGGAGGAACCAUUGGACGAGAAGCACGUUCGUCUCCACAAGAGGGUGAGGGAAGUGAGCACUUCGUAUGAGCAGACUCUGUACAACAAUGUACUUGGGGAACCUGGAUCGUUGGGUCUUCGCCCCAGGAAGAGCAAAGACAGCAAGCGCCGAGCUGAUUCCACCCCGCACUCGACUCCCCCUCCUCCGGAAAUGAAGUUGGAAGUGGAGGAACCCUUGGACGAGAAGCACGUACGUCUCCACAAGAGGGCCAGGGACGUGAGCACUUCGUAUGAGCAGGCUCUGUACAACAAUGUGCUUGGGGAACCUGGACCGUUGGGUCUUCGCCCCAGGAAGAGUAAAACUUUAUGCUUCACUAGCUCGAAGGGCUCGGAAGUUGGUGAACAAUCAGACUUCUCAGCUUCUUCGAGCUCAUUGAGCAAAAUCAAAGCUUCAAAUUUUCCUGCCUCAUUAUUGAGGAUUGGGACAUGGGAGUGUGUGUCUAGAUAUGAAGGUGAUUUAGUAGCAAAAUGUUACCUCGCCAAACAUAAACUUGUAUGGGAAGUUCUCGAAGGUGGCUUGAAGAGCAAGAUUGAGUUUUACUGGUCCGACAUUACUGCAAUUAAGGCAGUAUUUUUUGAAGGUAGCCAUGGGACUUUGGAUAUUGUGUUAGCAAGACCACCUCUUUUCUUCUGA